UCAUCUUCCCCCUUCUUCUUCAUCAUCAUCAUCAUCAUCAAAGUCUCUCUCUCUCCCUCUCUCAUCUACUUUCUCUCUCUAGUUAUUCUUUUUGUUUUUUCUAAGAUCUCUCUAGUUAUUCUUCUGAUUAUUGAGAGGACAAUAAUGUAUGCCUUAGCACCAUUGUUUCCAAAUAAGCAACAAGAAUGGUGUCCUGCUUCAACAAUGGAGUAUCCAUGGCUGUCUCAAGCUGAUUCCUUCUCUCCUACUUUGCAUCUUCCUUCUUUCCUUUAUCCUUCUUUGGAUCAAUCAGAUGAUUCCAAGAGCUAUAGUAUCAAUCAUCAUCAUCAUAUGAGUCUUAGUCAUAGCUAUGGUACUAAUAGUAACAGUAACAAUGGUCAAGAGAAGGAAGAAGAAGAAGAUCGAGGAACGGUUUUUGAGAAGAAACUGAAUCACAAUGCAAGCGAACGCGACCGCCGUAGAAAGCUAAACGCCUUAUACUCUUCACUUCGUGCCCUCUUGCCUCCUUCUGACCAAAAGAGGAAGCUGAGCAUUCCAAUGACGGUAUCAGGUGUGGUUAAGUAUAUACCAGAGCAGAAGCAAGAGCUUCAACGUUUGUCUAGGAGGAAAGAAGAGCUCCUGAAGAGAAUCUCCAGAAAAACAGCGACUUUGAAUCAUCAGCAAGAACAGCUGGGAAAUAGAGCAAAGAUGGACUCGAUAGAUUCUUCCUCCCAAACGUUCGCAGCAAAUUGGAUCACCGACACAGAGAUAGCUGUCCAGAUUGCUACAUCAAAAUGGGCAUCUAUCUCUGACAUGUUGCUUAGGUUGGAACAAAACGGGCUUGAUGUCAUAAGCGUUUCUUCUUCGGUUUCUUCCACUGCAAGGAUCUUCUACACUCUGCAUCUUCAGAUGAGAGGAGAUUGCAAAGUGAGAUUGGAGGAACUCGAUGGUAUGCUUUUCUUCGGAUUACGUCAAUCAUAUUGAGAGAUGAGAGUUUCAAGAAGUGAAUCUUGGUAGUUACUGUUAGAC